AUGGGUGAUGUAAAUGAACAUGAUAACGAACAUUCACCGUUGUUAAGUAACGAUAGAUCAGUAGUUACUCCAAAUUAUGAAGGUAUUGAAAGUCAAGGUACGGAAACUAUUGUAUCGGAUGAACCGGAAGAAUACGUUAGUCAUGAAGAAGAGCAUCAUGCUGUACCACAGACACAGCAAACACAUAUUAUCGAUGAAACAAACGAAACAUCGAGACAUACCGGUCCAACUGUUACAUGCCGUGUAUGCUCAGCUACAAUUGUUAUCGAAGGGAAGACUAGACAACAUGUGGUGAAAUGUAAUCAAUGCAAUGAAGCAACACCAAUUCGUGCUGCGCCACCUGGUAAAAAGUAUGUGCGUUGCCCAUGCAACUGUCUUUUGCUUUGUAAAGCUUCUUCAAAUCGUAUCGCUUGUCCUCGUAUCAAUUGCAAACGUGUUAUCACAUUAGGUGGUAGUGCACCAGUUGGUACUGCAGUUAGAGCUCCAACUGGCACAUGCCGAGUUCUAUGUGCUCAUUGUCAAGAAAUUUUCAUGUUCAAUACACUCAAUGUUACCGUCGCGAAAUGCCCACAUUGUCAGAAAAUGUUAGUUAACCCUACGUAA